AUGGAUAAUGAAGAGCAUAUAGACUGCAUGCAACAGUUCAGGAUUGAGGAUGCAACAGUAGCAGCAGGAACCCUUAUCCAAACUAUUCACGCAAACUGGAAGAAGUGUGCGCACGUCUUGAAGCACUUUGCCAAAGACGCAUCGACAUGGGAGCAGUAUGUCAAAGCAAUCGAGGAUCAUAUAGUAGCCGGCUUCGUUAAGGAAGUAGACGAAUACGUAUUCGAUAAUCAUCGUGUCUACUACAUUCUCUAUCGAGCAAUUUAUAAAGAGUCUUCAUCGAAGCUUCGCAUAAUUUUCGUUUCAUCAAGUUCGACUUCAAGAUCACAGCGGGACGCCAUACUUUUUCCUUCGUUGAAAGAUCCGUUCAGUCCACCAACGCGAGACAAUAUGCAAUAUUAUUUGCGCUAUCCUAACAGUCCCUUAUCCAAGGAAAUAAAAUGCAACACCUAUGUCGAGAAUGUCGCCUUUGGAGCCGCAACACAUGAUGAGGCCAUCAAGAAAAGCGAGAUGACGAAAUCUGUCUUUGGCGAUAUGCACAUGUAUGUAUCGCGACAGUUUGUAUGUAAUUCAAAGUUUCUCAAUAACUCCAUGCAUAAGGAAGAUCGGGUUACUGGCAACGAACAUUCUAUGUUGCUAGGCAUGGAAACACAAGGACCAUCUUAG